AUGGAAGCGCCUGUCGUGCAGAGUCCGUUGUUCGACAUCGUGCUGCGAUGGAGACUGCCGAAAUUUGCGUUUACUGGGGACGCUAAGCAGAUGUAUAGACAAGUUGUGAUGCAUGCUGAUCAUACAAGGUUCUUGAGAUGUGUUUUCCGAGAUGACAGGUCACAACCAAUUUUGGAUUUGGAGUUGCUUAGAGUAACAUACGGUGUGGGUCCUGCUGGAUUCUUGGCUACACGAUCGUUAGUGCAACUGGCUAAGGAUGAACAAGAAGAUUUUCCGGAUGCUUGUGAAGUAGUAUUGAAGUCGUUCUAUGUGGAUGAUGCACUUACCGGUGCUAAUACGCUGGCGGAAGCACGGAAGCUGCGUGAAGAUCUAGAAGCUUUACUGGGACGAGGAGGCUUCAAACUACAUAAAUGGUGUGCAAAUGAUCCGGCAAUUCUUGAAGGAGUUCCGUUAGAAGAUCGGGAGAAGCAGCUUAGCUUUGAAGAAAGUGAUAUAAAUGGUGUGAUAAAAACACUUGGACUUUUGUGGGACCCCGUUAGUGAUAACUUUGUGUUUCGAGUAAAAUCGAUGGUGGAUUAUUCGGUACCACAAACCAAGAGACAAGUGCUUUCCGAGAUCGCGAGACUUUUUGACCCUCUCGGCGUGUUGGGUCCAGUAAUAGUGCUGGCAAAAAUAGUAAUGCAACAGCUGUGGAGGAAGAAAAUUGAUUGGGAUGAGCCAAUCCCCAUUGAAGAGCUUCAAAUGUGGAACAAAUUGAGGUCCGAGUUGUGUGCAAUAAAUAAUAUGAAGAUACCCCGCCGCGUUACCGUUGACAAUCCGUCGGUAUUCAAGUUACACGGUUUUUCGGAUGCGUCGCGAUCAGCAUACGGUUGCUGUGUGUAUUUGCGUAGCAUUACAGUUGACGGUACCGUUGAAGUAAAAUUAUUGUGCGGCAAAUCGAGAGUUGCGCCACUUAAAGAACUGAGCCGUAAAGAGAAAAAAGAAGCACCACCGGAGGAAUUAACCAUACCAAGGUUGGAGCUGUGUGCAGCUGUACUACUAGACAAGUGA